AUGGCGCCCAACAUCAAGACGGUUCCAUUCGGCUCAGAAGAGUCGAAAAAGAGAGAGAACCGAGUCUGGGCUAUUCGUUCUACCUUGAUGCGAAUCAAGCGGCCAGACAAGGACUUGAAAGCCGAAUUCCUCGACCCCAAGAAGCCGCUUACCAGUCCCUUCAACUGCACCAACCCAGUCAUCAUCACCGAAGUCGUCGACAGCAUCAAGGCCGAUCUUGCCUUUCUACGCGCCACCUUGAAGAAGCAUGCGGACUUUCUGGUCUCGAGAUGGAAGAAGAAGUCGCAAGGAAAGCGCUUCAGCUUCCUCACUGAGCACACUGAGCUGUUCGACAAGAAAUGGGCUGCGAUCCAUCUCCUCGAACGUGUUGGAGCUGGUGAUGAGGACCGCAAAUAUUCCGGACCACGUAACCUCCGCAAAGUCAGAACUCGACGUACCGCAGAUGGAAAGAUUGCAAUUUGCCUCGAACUUCACACUCAAGAGUCUCUAGCAAACACCGAGCUGCGUGACAAGACUCUGGUGUUACAUCAUGACUCCUGGUUCCUGCCCUAUCUUGACGCUGAGACACUUUCCGAGGAUCCUACCCUCUUCUUCAGCUUGUUACAUCAUCGCACCUCCAACGACCCUGAGAAAUGGUUGAUGUUUGACAACACCAACAUCGUCCUCGCCGAACACUUCUCCAUUAUACCAAACGUGUUCAACCCCAACUGUGUCGUUGCUCAAGGCCCUGAUUAUGGCAAGCUCGUCAGUUGGAACGCUGAGAAGGCCCAUCGCUGGGAGAUUAUCGGCUUCACAAAGGCUUACCACCUCUUCACCGCCCACAGGAAGAUGCUCAACCUCCUCAGCAAUUGUGUCAGAGCUCUACUGGCAGAGGUCGAAGCGCCUACUACCCUUGAAGUUCAUCCCAAGUGGGAUGGUAUGGUCGCGGCAGAUUUUUCGAGAUUCAAGACGGACUUCCCUUGGUCCACCGACUUUGUCAAGCCCUUCUCCGAACCUCCGCGCUUUGACGCUUGUGAAGUCGCCGAGCUCAUUGCAUCCCGUCACCGCGUCGUCCUUGAUGAGCUGGAGCUUCUUCAGACGGAUCCACAGUAUGUGCAGAUGUUGUCGAAAGAAAUCUGUGCCUGCAGGUUCUUUGAGACGUGGCGUGUGGAAGACAUGACGCCAUGGCUCGUGGACUAUCUCUUCUUCCAGACGAUGCACCGCGAGUCAUACUGGCGCCAGCUAGUUGCUGAAAGCGAGCUGAUGAUAAGGUGCCUGGACGUCUUCGAGCGAAAGCCUACCAAAAGGGCCAAGCAAGAUCUGGAACAAGCCGUCUCCAUCGUGAACGACCUUUGCAUUGAAACAUUUGCCAUUUUCGAGCCACAAGUUCACGCAGGUCUCCUGGUUGAGAGAGGAUUCGAGCGCAACUUUGAGUUCCAAGGAAGUGCGAAGAUCAAGUCCACGAACCGCGGCUUUACUGCGAAAGACUGGUUCACUGACAACCUUCUGUACUGGAGUAUGAGCACCCUUGGAUUUGACAAGGAGCGUCCCUUCACCAUGGAUCCUGCUUUCAACUUCGCCAUUAUCGAUCGUCUUUGUCGCACAGACCUCAAAGAAGCCCGUCGUAUUCGUCAGACAAUGCUCGAUAAACUCAGCGAUAUGUCCAUUCUGAGUGAAAUCAUCACGUCCAUCCAAUCAGAUACGACUCGCAAUCGUGCCGUCUUGACGCAGCUCUGGGAGCAUUUCAAAGAGCUGUGGGUCAAGGAGCUCGUCAAAGCCAAAGUCAGCCAGAGAUUGAUCGACGAGGAUGUCAAAUCCCACAAUCAGGUGGAAGUGCAGACUGUCUGGGGCAAGGAGAACGACCAUCCUGCAGCUCUUCCGAUCAAGUCGACUCCUAAGGCAUCUCUCGUUCCGGACCUAACUUUCGCCACCAACGGUCCACAAAACCAGGUUGUCUUCUAUGUUCCGCCCACCAAGACUGUCGCCUUGCCAUCGAUUCAACACGUCAAGCUCGAAAGUCUUGUCUUCCACUACAUGUUCCCUGUCAGAGGCGCCGAAUCUCAACGCAGCUUCUCUUGGCAGGACUUCUUGAGUGCCAUGAUCGACGCUGGCUUCAGUAUUCUCCAGAGUCAAGGCUCAGCCGUCACACUGAAGCUGGACCAUCCCACAGACAGUGGUGUCAAAACCAUUGUACUGCACCGUCCUCACCCAUGGCCCACAGUGAACCCAGUCAUGCUGAGAAGAAUUGCAAAGAGAAUGGAAAAGUGGUUCGGAUGGCACAGAGAGAUGUUUGUUGAGAGAUCGAAGUGA